AUGUCUUCAAUUCGAAAUUGCGGAACAAGAGGAAUGUGUUAUUUGUUGGUUGGGCGCAUUAACAUGAAUAAACUUGAACCUUCUCAUCAUUGUCCAACCUGCAAGUUGAAUCAUUGUGCCUUGCGUUUGCAAUUCCACAAUCAAGCAUCCAAAACUAAGGAUCAUGCUUCUCAAGUGAAAUCGUUGAAUUCAAAACUCUGUGAUUUUUGUAGCCGUGAGUGGAAUGAAGAAUGUGAGGCUAAUAACGAAUUCUCUGAAUGUCAAGUCAGGAUGUGUGACAAUCACAAGACGAUUCACAAUUCCUUUAAAUCACGCUCUGCUCAUGCCAAUAAAGCCAAAAUGAUUGGUAACAAUCAUGUUCCAUUCAGUAAUCAAUUCAAAUUCACUAAAAUGUUAGCUGAUCGUAAAGAUUUGAUUUUUAACUUUAGAAAUCCAUCUGCUAUUGAGGUCGACACCAAGAAUAAGAGUAUUUAUGUUAUUGACAAGAAGGCCAACGAUGCUGUUGUGGUCUAUGUUUUGAUUUACAGUCCAAGAAGCUUAAAAAUAUCUUUGAAAUUGAAGGAAACAUAUAUAAGAGGACUGAAUGAUGAUGGAAUUGUCAACAAGAUGGUGGUGAAACCUUCCACUGGAACGAUUAUGUUCAUUUCAAGAAGAGCUGUUCAAACCAUCAAGGCAAAUGGAACGCAAAAGAAGGAGUUGAAUCAGUGUGGAAAGAGUGGAAAAGAGAAUGGCCAAGUUUUGAUGCAAGAUUGUAUUUGGCUUUGA